UUGACUUUGAUUAAAUUUAACGGGUCGUCGAGCAAAGCUGUGUUGCAAUACAUCAGUCCAAGCGCAAUAGAAAGAGCUCUAGAUUUUUACGUUUAUGACUCACAGCUUCGUGCUCCACUUUACAUGACUGUUUAAUUUCACUUCCGGAAAUUUCUGGCAUUUCGUGACCGACUGAYAAUAUUCACAGCAGACGAGCAACUGCAGUCAAAGUGUGACAGAGGCUGCAACGAUCGAACUAUAAACAAUCCCAACAGCAGACCGGCUCUAGACAGCGUUCGUUUACUCUACAAAUUUGGGACCCUUGCAGCAAGGAAAUCAAGAAAAACGUUUUACCACCAAGAGCAAUGUCUGGGAAAAGAGGYGGCAGAAUAUUUGAGAUGAAUCUCGAAAACUUCUCCCCGGACGACAGCGCAUCUGCCGAGAAUGUCGAUAAACCCGCACCAACUCAAAACUCCACUGAAAACUCGAACGUGAACGGUUCAGCGAUAGAAAACUCGAACUCAAACGAUCAAAUAACGGAAACUUCGUCCGACAACGAAUCGUGGGCCUCGGAAGAUUCGUAUAACAGUGAUUCAUUACCCGAAACCAAAUGGAGGUUUGAGAUCCCUGAAACCCCUGAUAGGCGAAGAAGCACUAUCAAAAAACCACAGGUUCAAUUAGACCCUAUUGCAAUUCAGCUCUACAGUUUUCACGAGAACCGUGCCCGGCUCAGCCUAGAGCGUAAAGAAAUUUGCGAGGAGAUUGCCUACAAUGCUGUACACAAAUGUUUGCGUAAAAUAGAGUCAGUCGAUAACCGUUUCCGUGCAAAUAGUUUGGUGUCUCAGGGAAUACCUUACGAUGGCCUUCAGGCUGAGGAGCCUAUUCAGAUGGACAUGCUAGUCCAGCUGUCGUUAGGACCGACCACUGCUUUGUACAUGGCACGGGACGCAAAGACUGGAGGAGUCCGGAUUCAACCCACCUCUACGAGCGUUAAAGUUUGGGAUGAUUGUCAGACGGCCAAUGGCUUUAUUUCAGCUUCCAAAGUGAAUACCCUACUCCGAAAAUACAUAAAAAAGGCAGUCGCUAUGCUGAAUAUGCAUAUCAAGGAAGGACACAGAGAUAAGUUAUCCAAGGGUUUGAGCAGCAUUCAGAUGGAACCUGGUCCCGUCAUAAGGCUAACUGUCAAUAGGGACAUAUCGAUCGAUGUACUACCCGCUUUCGUGAAUCCUGACUCCCGCCUGGAUCCGUCACGAAAAAACUGUCCUUCGUCUUCGCAUAUUGUUUGCAAAACUUAUCAUCACAAGGAGCUGAUGUGGAGGCUAUCAUUUCAUGUGGCAGAGAAAAACAAGCUAAGAGCUAUUGGAACAUCCGGAUGUCGUAUGCAGCUUCUAAGAAUCCUUACAGAAUUCCGUGAUACCGAAGAUGAGCUAAAGAGUCUUUCUUCCUUUCAUCUUAUGCAUCUCCUUUUUCACGCGUCAGACGCCCUUCCAGACCCCAACGAAUGGGCGACAGAAAAAAUAACAGCAAGAUUCUUGGGAUUGUUAGACCUGCUAAAGCAAUGCCUUAAAGAUGGGGAACUACUUCAUUAUUUUAUGCAGCCGCCCGAUUACGAAGCUGUUAAUCUUUUUGCUACCUUUGAUGGCAAAACCUUGUCUGACAUGUACGAUAUCGUAGAAGACCUACGACAAACUUCGGGGAUGAGCAUCUUGAAGCAGGAAGGCAUGGAAAGGCGAAAAUCAUUAUGGCCAUGGGAGUACGAGUUAGUGCUACCUGAAGGCGUACAGAGUGGAUAAUACUUUAGGAGAAGUUUUAAGAAACAGGGAGUAGAACUGUUACAGCUUCAAAUACGACAAAGCCAGAAAACAUUAGCUUACUGUUGGAAAACCUUGGCCCAAGACAACACAGAGGCGAUUACUGUCUUUCAUUUUUGAAGCUUCGUACAAAAACCUGAACCAAAAAGAGCCGGUUCCAAAAUAUAUAGAUACAUAUAAUAUUUCAAAUGUAGCUGUGUCGAGAUGCGUAGUAACAAUGAAUAUUAAUAACACCGAAUUUACCUUUAACGGGUCAGACCGAUGGGGAUCAUGGUGAACGUAGAUUGCAGUCAAUAUCUUCAAAGGGCUUCCUUUUUUAAGGAAGUUUUACUUAGCUUUUUAUUAAUUAAAGGACUGCAGUGCGCAACUUCAUACUGGAUUUGAAAUAUUGUUUAUAAGUGUUUAAGAAAAUGAUGGGCAAUCAGGAAACAUUUUGACGGAUAAAUAUUUGUGAGUAGUGCGCAUUUACUGUGAACGACUGAUUUUUUAUACAACGAACAAGUCAUAUAAUUCCAAGUUAAAUCAAAGGACCAAUGAACGCAUGAUAGAAUCUCUUAAAGAAUUUGACCAAAGGAUAUUGUUAGCAGUCGUAAAAGUAUUUAUUGCUUUGAAUGAGGCCAUCGUAUGGAACGUUUGACACGUGCACGCAGACUAGACUAGUUAGUGAAGACCUCUUUUACAAUUAACACAAUUCUCUACCUUACUUCAAGGGAAAAUUAAAAACCUUAAAAUUUUAUCGAUACUCAGAAACAGCCUCAGGUCUGUUCGAAGUAAGGGCAUGGCUAACUCACAGAUGUAAUUGGAAUUUAUCGUGUUAGGUUUUGCGGAGGGAGAAAAGCCAGAGAAUUAAACCUCGAAUCAAGGGAAAGACCUAAAGUCUGGAAAUCGAACCCUAAAGGUGAAAGGCAAGUGCACUACCGCCGCGUCACCCUUGAAACCAAGAUGUAAAAUGUAAAAUGUAAACUCUAGCUUUUAAAACUGUAAAGAAUAGUGCCGAAAAGUCUAUAGCUUUUUCUUGAAACUYGUAAGAAGACGAAGACGUAAAAAUGAACCCUUUUUAAAGACUGUCUUGAAUGCUAGACUAACAUGGAAAUAAAAAAGAAAAGCCUACAAUUUCAUUGAGAAAAAAGUGAUUUCUUUUGUAUUUUCGUGUUCGCCUCGCAUUCAAGACAAUUUUGAGAAGGGUCCACUUGGGAGCUUCGCGCAUUUCAAUCCCAUGGUACUCCGCGAGCAAGACAUCGUGACGUAAACCAAAGAACAUGCUAGAGUAGUAAGUAGGCUCUUUUGCUUUUAGCUUUACUUCUUUAACUUAUUAGGCUAGCUUACAGUUAAAAUUUCUAAAGAUUUGUAUUCAUUAUGAUUCAAUAAAUAGUUUACAUAAGUCA